UCUAACGAAAACCUAGCUGUUCCUUUUUUUUUAUUUUUUUUAUUUUUAAGGUUGUUUUGAUAGAGAGGUUGAAGUCGAAUGGCGGUGGAGUACAGUUGUUGCGAGACCGGUUUCUUUAUUCACAUAUUGGUGAUUGUUUUGCUGGUGAUGUUCGCCGGCUUGAUGUCGGGCCUUACUUUGGGUCUUAUGUCGAUGAGUCUCGUUGAUCUUGAGGUUCUCGCCAAGUCUGGGACUCCCAAGGAUCGUAAACAUGCUGAAAAAAUAUUGCCGGUUGUCAAAAAACAGCAUUUGUUGCUUUGUACACUACUUAUAUGCAAUGCUGCUGCGAUGGAGGCACUUCCCAUUUUUCUUGAUGGUCUGGUCACAGCUUGGGGUGCUAUCUUGAUUUCAGUGACCUUGAUUCUUCUGUUUGGUGAGAUAAUACCACAAUCUGUUUGUUCUCGAUAUGGUUUGGCAAUCGGUGCAAAGGUAGCUCCAUUCGUUCAAGUUCUUGUUUGGAUCUGUUUUCCUGUUGCCUACCCAAUAAGCAAGCUGUUAGACUUUCUGUUGGGUCAUGGACAUGUAGCACUUUUUCGAAGAGCUGAGUUGAAAACCCUAGUAGAUUUGCAUGGAAACGAGGCUGGCAAAGGUGGAGAGCUGACCCAUGAUGAGACAACAAUUAUAGCUGGAGCACUUGAGCUCACUGAGAAAAAAGCUAAAGAUGCCAUGACUCCCAUAUCUGAAACAUUUGCAAUUGAUAUUAAUGCCAAGCUUGACAGGGAAUUGAUGAGUUUAAUUUUGGAGAAAGGGCAUAGCAGAGUUCCAGUUUAUUAUGAGCACCCUACAAACAUUAUUGGACUUAUUCUGGUCAAAAAUUUAUUGACAGUUCAUCCUGAAGAUGAAGUGCCUGUUAAGAGUGUCACUAUACGAAGGAUUCCAAGGGUUCAAGAAACAUUGCCAUUGUAUGAUAUAUUAAAUGAAUUCCAAAAAGGUCAUAGCCAUAUGGCUGUUGUUGUAAGACAGUGUAAAAAGACAGAGCAGCUAUCUUCUAACGAUUCUUCUGUGAGCCCUUUGCCUGAAGUGAAAGUUGACAUUGAUGGUGAGAAACAUCCACAAGAUAACGCUUUACGACGUAAACGUUCACUUAAGAAGUGGAAGAGCUUUCCUGCUACACAUAAUUCUUUUAAAAGUGGUUCUCGGAGCAGGAAGUGGACAAAGGGUAUGGAUUCAGACAUCCUACAUUUAAAUGACAACCCACUCCCCACGCUCCCCGAAGAAGAGGAGGCUGUUGGCAUAAUAACAAUGGAAGAUGUCAUUGAAGAGCUUUUACAGGAGGAGAUAUUCGAUGAGACGGACCAUCAUUACGAGGAUUCAUGACAUUUGCCUCGCCUUGUUGGGUAAUGAGUAUUUGUUAUUUCUCAACGUAGUGUAAUUUGGUUUUUUAGAGCUUAUUAUAGGCACAUGUGAGGCUGUACCAGUUGUAUACAAAAUGAAUUAGGCAGUUGAGUGAAGCGAAACUAUACUUUUGAACCAUGUAUGACAAAAAACAAGCAAUCCAUUUAUAAAUGUAAGGUUAUUUAAAAACCAGAAGUUAUUUGUGCUUGU